UAAUUAGAUAUGACAUAUAUAAAAACACUGAGAGAGUUUUGACUAUGGCCACGAGCCAACGAUUUUUAACCCACCAUUUCAUGCAAAGUGAGUUGCGUUUCGUAGAGUUGACGAGUUUUAAAAAAGUGUGAAGGACAGUGUGUCACUGACCCAAGCAAACCAUCCGGCGAGAGUUGGAGCAGCCCUCGAAUGGGGGAAGUGAAGUUUUCCACCCUUGCUAAGGCCUUAAAAAAUGCUAAAAAUAAAAUGAGAACAGCCCAUAUCUAAAACUGAUAAUUAUACAUUUGUAAAUGAAAAAGAAGAUAACGUCAGCCUUCUAGACUCAUCACUUAACAAAUCUUCGUCUUCCUGCUUUUCGCUGCUACUAAUAUUUGGUAGAAAAACCUUCAGUCCGAGGCGAAUCACGGUGUAGUUUUCAACUUAGUGACGGCUUUACUUGGAAUUUAUUGUGAUUAACGGAUGUUUAAAUCGGGUCAGGGGUUUUGAUGCGUAUGGUGCAAAUCUGGUUAAGAUACAUAAAGAAUUUGCUUUUCUAGGUAUCGAUGGUCUUAGCUUUUAAACUAAAAACGUCACAAAGCAAUUAAUUCUAAACAAAUACCGAUCCCCACGGUGUGAAUCAGUCGAAAACUUAGCUCAACAUAAUUACCAAAUCACGCAAAACAUCAUUUUUCAUCGGAUAGAUAUUUCAAUCAAAUAUCAAAUAUUCAAGAAUAUUGGACUGCAAAUGUAAGAAUGUUCGUAGUUUGAAAAUAAACCGAUGCAUAUUCAUAUUCCAAGAAUAACAAACUUGCUGAUCGAGAUUCUUUAAGAUCGUCCCCUUGGUGUCCAAGUAGGGGUUUAAGAAUCAACUCAGGAAUUGAAACGGGAAUAAAGACACUUUCUUAGCAACCUGAUGACUCUUUAAUCACAGAAUCUUUUGAUGAGAUCAUUUUUUUCAUGCUAAUGUAGACUCUAAUUUCUUUUAGUAAAGAUAGUUAUUAAUAUUAUCCUGCGUGGCUUCCUUCUAAAACCACUCACACCUUUUAAAUAGUUAUAACAAGUUUUUUUAAGAUUUAAUAGUUGAAACUGGAGUUCUUUUUAAUGAGUAUUUGUAGAAUUAAAGUAGCCAGCAAGUUUUUUGACAAUGAUGACGCUGUUGCACUCAAACCUCAAACCUGUUCUUGGUCGAGCCGAAACAUAAGUCGAGCCGAAACAUAAGUUGAGCCAAAACAUAAUUCGAGCCGAAACUCAGUCAAGCCGAAACAUUAGUCGAGCCGAAACAUUAGUCGGACCGGAACAUUAGUCGAGCCGAAACAUUAGUCGAGCCCAAACGUUAGUCGGACCGAAACAUUAGUCGAGCCCAAACAUUAGUCGAGCCCAAACGUUAGUCGAUCCAAAACAUUAGUCGGACCGAAACAUUAGUCGAGCCGAAACAUUAGUAGGACUUUAGUGGAACUUUAUGGGUUUCUCAACAAUUAACAAAAUGCAGAUCCAACAAAUUGCUCAGGAGGAACAUGUUAUUUCAUCAUAGAGCAAGUCUUUUUUUGUUCAAAUUGGUGUAUCUAAAUAAUUGAACCUUUUAAAAACAACAAUAACAGCCGCAGGACCUUGGUCGCGUCAACAACAACCGCAACGCUUUCAGCGACAAAAUUUGCUGUUUUUGUUAAUUUGUUUUUAUUUUAUUUAUUUUUAUUUUUUUUAUUAGCUUCGCCACAAUAGGCGGGGUAGCCGCAACAGCAUGGCCAUUUACUGCGUUUAUAUUAUGUUUAUAUUAAACAAGAUAGGGUUUACAACGGCCUAAAAGUAAACACGGUUUCAAAAUAUUGUUGGACCUUAUAAAAUUAAAAGAUGUUUAAUAUUUUAAAGGAAGUAAAGUUGAUGAAUCUUAAUCUGAUUUUAAAAUCAUUUAGAAUAUUACUAUUCAUGUCCCCAGCUUUACCAGCGGCACAAGGUUGUUUUUGUCCUCCUUAAUUGUGUAGAGAAUGGCGCAGGUGAAAGCAGAACGAAACGGAAUUUAUUAAGCAUUUUCGAUAAUUGGACCACAUCGGGGUCCAAGAUAUUUGCAGCAAAAUAGCAAAUUACGUUCGCUAGAAGUUCUUAUUAUCUCUUGCAUUAACAAACCGGGAGCCAGCGGGAGUCCAUCAUGACAACCCGGGAAAACACUCUAUAUCGGAAAAAGGGCAGAGACGUUUACGCCAAUGCGGUAUUCGUGCCAAAAGGGAUCUGACUUGUUUAUGAUUCGUAGCAAAUCGUCGGCGUAUAGGGCGAACAAAUUCUAGCCGAUUUGAAAAAGGCGGUGCAAAACGACACGAGCAGUAAAGGUCCUUCCUGUCAAGCUAUUUCUGAUGUAAAAAGAUUCGACAUUUGGAAGCUGAGAAAAAAAAAAGAGAUAUUGCUUUACUUCCUGUAGAUAAAUAAGCCGAGAUGAGUUCUUCUGAGAGUGGAAAGAUCACAGACAGAGAUCUCGGUACAGGUGGAGUCAAUUCGCUGCCUUAUAUGAGCGACCCAGUCGUCGCUGCUUACAUACGACAAAACAAGGAGAACCAGGGUGAAUCAAGGACGUCUUGUCAAAGCCAGCUAAAUCAGAAUGGUGUCAGUGAUGGGAUGAAUAGCAAAAAAUGCAAAAACGGUGGAGCAAAUAGCAACACAAAUGGAACUUCGAGUGGAAUGUGUAACCACAACAAAACUUUGCAGCGCGAGAACCAUGAAUUAGGAAUACCACACAAACUAGGAAUUUCUGGGAAUGGACUUUGCAGUACUUCAGCGAAAGAGCACAGUGGUCCUAGAGGCACGAGCGAGUUGCAAAAUAGUGACAUUCGGCACGGCAGAACUCAGCAUAAUGGAAUUAUAGCAAACGGAGAAAUAAACGGUGGAUUCUCAGCGACAUCUACUGACCUAACUAUCGAAGCAUCUCAUUCAAAUAACAACUCCGACAGAAAAGGCGCACCACUAAUUAAGGGGAAAAUAGCGCACCCACGGAGAAACCACCAUGAAACGAACUACGCGGACUUGAUCAAGAUACAACACAUGCAGAAUAGAGCUCGCACGAAGAGCUUGCUCUCCCCUGGAAUGCUCUUGAACAGAGAUCCCCCUUAUAAACGGAAGCUGGACUAUUUUGGCGUUAUGAUGUCUUAUAUGCUUGGGGUCGGUAAUGUGGUGAGGUUUUCUCAGUUAUGUCACAAACACGGGGGAGUCGCGUUUUUCAUUCCAUACAUCCUGAUGCUCAUGCUUGAAGGAACUCCUCUUCUCUGCCUUGAAAUGGCCGUGGGACAGCGAUUCGGAAAAAAAUCCUUGGUGCAAGCAUGGGGUGACCUUAAACCGAACCUGUCCGGAUUAGGCUUGGCCGCUAUCAUCGAAAACACCAUCGUCCUUUUUUAUUACAACGUCCUGGUCACGUGGUGCCUGUACUACUUUGUGCAGUCGUUAAGAGGGACUUUGAUAUGGGAGCCAUGUGGGAUCACCUCAAGCGUUCAAGGAAACCAAACGUCGCAGAUCGUCGAAACAGAAUGUGCAAAGGCGGGAGCAGAGAAGUACUUUUGGUACCGGAAGUCGCUGAAUAUCUCCGAUGACAUAAACUCCUCUAGCGGUGUGAAUAUGUUUAUGUACCUCUUUGUGUUCAUGGCCUGGACAUCCGCCUGGUUGCUAAGCAUGAGAGGAAUACGCCGUUCAUCUAAGCUAAUGUGGCUGAUUCUUGUGCUAAUCGUCGUAGAGUUUGUCAUAUUCUUUUUCUUCGCUGUUGAUCUGAAAGGCUGGACGUAUGGUUUGUCGUUGUUAUUCAGCUUCGAUAGGCUGGACACUUUAAAAAGUAUCGAUGUCUGGCUGGACGCGGCAGGCCAAAUCUUCUACUCAAUGGGGAUAGGUUACGGAAGUAACAUUCUCUUCUCCAGCGGCAACAAUCACGACAACAACUUGUUCAGCGACGCUAUUGUGUGCUCCCUUGCAAACUCUGGCACAUCCAUAUGGGCAAGCAUUAUCAUGUUCUCAUUCUUUGGGUAUCGUGCCCACUACAAAAUGUCCACAUGCAACGAGGCCCUCACAUCCAACAGCACGCGGGAAAUUGCCUCUUUCAUGUUCGCUUCCAAUAUUCAGGGUAAUUCUACCGUGCAGGCUCUGGCGGAGGGAACCCAAAACUGCAGCAGGGAGUAUUUUCUUGGACAGCUCCCAGAAGGCAUGUCUCUCGUGUUCGUCGGCAUGAGUCAGGCGUUCGCUGAGAUGAUCGACUCCACGGUUGUGUGGGCGGCUCUGUUCUUCCUCCUCAUCUUCCUUCUCGGCACGUCUAGCGUCCCAGGAAUGGUGCACGUAUUGGUAGACGCCGUCAUGGAGUUCCAUCUUGUACCCAAAAGGCUCAGCAGGCCAGCCGUUUGUGGUAUUGUAUGUAUCGUGUUCUGCAUGGCGAACAUACUCUUCGUACAGUCGAUGGGAAUCUAUCUCCUGGAAAUCAUCGACUCGGCCAGCGGUUUCCCUCUUCUGGUGAUUGGCUUCUGUGAAUGCAUCGGGCUUUGCUACGUGUAUGGCUUAGAUAAGUUUUCUAAAGAUAUUGAGCUUCUAACGGGAAGUGCGCCAGGUUGGAAGUGGAAGCUAUGCUGGAAGUUCAUAUCUCCCAUCAUAAUCCUGGGUGUGAUAGUAGGAGGCAUGAUAGAUAUGAUUCAGCACGAGAGAACUUACAAGGCGUGGGAUAAAGACAAGGGCCAGACGACCAGCAAACCUUACCCUGACUGGGCGAGCGUGCUCUACUGCUUCGUGACGAUACUCCCUAUAAUGUGCUUAUUCUUUCCGGUCUUCAAGAAAGGCUUUUACAAAUGCUUUAAUAAAAGAACGCUCAGAUCGAUCGCAUCAGAAUGCGGCUUAUGCAAAGCAGUGUACGAACGCUACCGGAAGUACAGCAACAGCCACAGAAGGGCGGGAAGCUAUAACGUCACUUCCGCUCUAAAAAAGUCGGAUUAUAUUAAUGAUUACGCAGUCGAAAACGACGGUGUUGAACUCGAGGAAAGCAACAGACAACAGACGACGGCAAAAAGCAACAGAUAAGAGACAUAGCCGUAUGCGCAGGCGCAUAUAGAUCGCCGUCACGAUUUAAGCCGGAAGUUGGACAAAUCGCAGCUCGGAGAAACCGGCAAACGUUUAAUUUUAUUCUUAAAGCCGCAUUAUCACCACGGAAAACGCGAAAAAUAUUUCAAAAUAUUGAAAGCAGUGUGUUUAUUGGAAGUUUCUUUGAGGAUGUGAUUGAUAAUUUAGAGCGGAUGGCCUGUUUAAUAUCUCGGAUUUUAAUAGAUUCUUUUGUCUUUUAACGGUUGAGGUUUCCGUCGGACCUCCGGAAGUAAACUGGUGAGAAUGCGGCUUUAAAGCACGUAGAUCCGCCUUGCGUGACGCGUGGUUUCGUAGGCUAUGAAACCAUAUGCAAAUGGAUGUUCAUCCCAGUAGUUGAUUAAAUCUGCUGGAAUCACGGUGAAUUUAAAUCCAUCCUUCAAUUAAAAAAAUUUUGGUCAAAAUAAGACGCCUUUAUUUGCUUGUAGAUUUCGUAUAUAAUUUUGCUAAGUAAAACUGUAAAUACCGUAUCCAUUACUUUUCUUCGGUUUCCAUGCCUUGUCGGAGUUGAAAGGGUUAUCAAAUACCAAUAGUCAUUUAAGCGUCGCAAAUUUUGAUAUCAUCAACAUUCUUUCUUUUUUACAACUCAAAACGUACUCAAUAAACAUUAUAUGUUUAAA